UCAUCCAUUCAUCGAAAGCGCGCUAAUUCAAGUAGCGAUUUAUAAACCAAAUUCGCGCUCUUAUCUGCCAGCCCUUUGGCAUGGAGGGAAUAACAAAAUUGAACCAUCCAUGGCGAUUCAAUUCGUCGCUCUAAAACCCCUAAACCCUCUUCUCCCUCCUCAAUGCAAAAUUUCAAUUUCUCAGCGCAGACGAUCGCAAUUAUCGGUGUCCGCGGCAGAAUCAGUAGCGUGGGAGGAGCAAAUUCCCCCAAACGCCGUUCGCCGGAAGCGCGAUCCAUCGUGGCGCGGCGGCUUUAGCCUAGGGGUAGAUUUAGGGCUGUUGCGGACGGGCGUUGCUAUUAGCAAAGGCUUCACAGUUCGCCCCUUAACGGUACUUGAAUUACGAGGGCGGAAGCUCGAGCUCAGGCUUCUUGAUCUUGCUGAAAAGCAGGAAGUGGAUGAAUUCAUCAUUGGGCUUCCGAAGAGCAGCGAUGGGAAGGAAACAGAGCAGUCGAAUAAAGUUCGUAGCGUGGCCGGAAGGUUUGCAGUCCGAGCCGCAGAGAGGUGCAUCAAGAUUCUUGCGUGGCUGAGUAAAUGCAUAGAUAAGAAAAGCUUAAUUAAUGGAGGUUUAAAUUUAAUGAGGAGGUGCAGGGGUUGGAGAGUCUACCUUCAGGAUGAGCACGGGACCUCUUCGGAGGCGCUGGAGCAUAUGAUAGCCAAAGGGGUGAGUAAAUCUGCGCGGGAUGGAAAACUUGAUGCUUAUGCAGCUAUGGUGAGUGAGAAGGUGCUUGAGAGAUAUUUUUCAGAAGAGGGGAAUGGGAUUGAGGUUGUUGUGCCAAAGCAGCUAGAGCUUCAGAACAAGCUCAGGGAAGGUCCCCCUAAAGAUGUAGACUUUUACUCACCCACCACCAACACUUAGUAGAUGGAAAAAGAAUUGCCCUUUAUAAUGCCAAGGCGCGGAUAAGCUGCCACGUGGAGGAUUGUCUUGGCGCGGAAAGAGCAAAAAUGGAGUAUUCUUCUUUUCGUAAUUCUUGAAUGAAAAAUCACAUUUUUAAACAACUUUACUUUUAUAGAAUUCUCAAGUACAACCAUUUUUGGAAA